AUGUGGCGUUCACGAAUCAAAGAAUCACAACUUAAAAUAAUACCAAGUGGAAGUGUUGUGUUGGCAGACAAGGAAAUUAUUCUCAGCUGUUUUUUUGAUGACGUACAUGAAAACAAUGUGACAUGGUUUUAUAAUGGUAAACAUAUUAAAAACAACUCGUGUGAUAAUUUAAUUUGUGAAAUAAAAACUAAUGGAUCAAUUGAAAUUUUAAAGUCAAAUGAUUAUCAACAAAUUGUAAUUGAUAAAAACGAAAACCAACAUGAAUAUUAUUGUUCACGAGCAAGUACAGUUGGUGUUUUACGUUCUCCAUCAGUAUUUUUAAAAAUUGCUGAUAUUUCAGAUAAAAUUCAAGUAUCACCAGGAGAAGUUUCAGUCUAUGAAAAUGGACUAGCUAAAUUUCAUUGUAAUAUUUUUAGUUAUCCAUCUGCAAAUAUAACAUGGUGGCACAAUGAUGAGCUUAUUGAAAUAAAUGAAUCAAGUACAAAAUAUAUCAUGGGACAAUCUGGAGAACUUUAUAUCAAUUCAAUACAACAAACAGACUCUGGUUUUUACAAAUGUAAAGCAAGAAAUAUUUUUAUAAAUCAAGAUGAUAAAGUUAGUAAUUCUGGACAAUUAAAAGUGCUAUCAUUGUCAAGUGGUGAAGAUAAAAAAUAUACAAACACUACAGCAUAUUAUACUGAAGUUAAAAGUAUUCAUGAAGUACCAAGUGGUGAAAGAUUAAAAAUCAUUUGUGGAGCAUCUGGAUAUUAUCCUCCAAAUAUAUCCUGGCUUGUUUUCAAUUCUUCAGGACAAUUUGAAUUGACCAACACUCCAAGUAUAAGUAUUUUGGAAUUUGAAAAUAUCAAUGUUUUUCAUACUGGUGAUUAUUAUUGCACUACAGAAGACCAAAUAAUAUUUCAUCAUAUUAAAAUAAAAGUUGGAUUACCACCAUUGUCAAUUAAUCAACAUACAAAUUUUAUUCUUAAAAACAAUAAUGAAUUGAAAUUUAAAUGUCAAGUUGAUGGUGAACCAAAACCAACAAUUACAUGGUUUAAAAAUUUAAAAGAAAUCCAACAAAAUGAUAGUCGAUUUACUGUAACUAAAGAUCCAUCAGUAUUUCGAAUAAAAGAUAUUGGAUCUGAGGAUACUGGUGAAUAUCAGUGUGUUGCAAAAAAUAUACAUGGUGAAUAUUGGAAUGCUGGUCAUUUUGAAUUUGAUAAUAUGCAUGGUAUAAAUUAUAUUCCUAAAUUAGCAACAUGCAGUGUAAUUUCAUCUAAUGCAAUCAAUGUGUCUUGGGUAGCAUCAGAGACCAUAGAAAAAAAUAAAUAUAAUAAUUACACUGUUGAAUACUGGAAAACAGAUGAUUUAAAUGAAAAAGUUCUAAUAGAGUCUACUCAAGAGACAUUUUUAAAUAUUAAGGGUUUAAAAAAAUAUACAAAUUAUUCAUUUCACGUACGUUUAUGGGGACCUCAUAGAUGCAGUCUCCCUUCAAAUACUGUCACUUGUAAAAUAUUAGAUAAUUAUGAUGUAAAUAUUAAAAAAGAAAAUACAACUGAAAGAAUUUUAAAAGCUCAUCAUGAUGAAUUAAUAGCAGAAGAAAAUCAUACAUCAGAUAACAUUACUUUGGGUAUUGUUAUUGGAAUUUUUAUAAGUGUUAUUUUUAUUGGAAUAACAAUUGGAUAUGUAUGCUAUUUAAAAAGACGUUCAUCAUCAACGUAUAAUGAAUUUUUAAAUAGUGGUAAUGAGACACCAUCUAAUAAUGAAACUGAAAUGGUUGAAAUUUUUCAAAAUUUACCUUCUGCUUUUCCACAUUCACUUGGAGUCAUACCUGAACAAUUAAUAAUGUAAUAUUUAUUGAAUUAUCAACUAAAAAAAAUAUGUAAUUAUUUAUUAUUAAUUUAAUAAAUAAAAUUUUAAAAUUUUUAUAUUUUUUUGUAAUUAAAA